AUGCGUGACACCAUUGCUGAGCUACCUGUCCUAUAUGGCAAAAUGAUGACUACUGUUCCAAGGGAAACGAUGAGUGUAGCCCAACAGAUGACCCCAAUCGCCACUAGGGGCUCACUUCCGACACAUAAAAACACAAGAGGCGGAAAAUCAGCGCUACGAGGAAAACUAGCGUCACCAGAAGAAGCAAAGGGAAAGAGUAGCGACCCAGGUAAAGGUGUCGAGGAAGAAUCCCAAUGGAAGAUGGUCCAGCCCAAAAGGAAGACGAGUACUAAGCAAACACGCCCAUAUGCGAUAGUAAUAAAGAGUAGCAGCGGGGGAUCGUACGUAGAUAUACUUAAAACAGUGAAGAGUGACCCUCAGCUUAAGCAUGUUGGUGAAGUAAUAACCAAAGUACGGAAAACGGCCAGCGGGGACCUUCUUCUUCAGUUGACUAAACCCACGGACUCGCAUACGCAGGAUAUCCAACGUGGGGUUAAAACAGCGCUAGGUGAGAAAGCAUCGGUACAGGCUCUAACAUCAGUAACGGCUAUAGAGAUUAGGGACCUGGACGCAACUACAAGCAAAGAAGAGCUUUGUACUGCCCUGGAAAAAAAAUUUGAUGGUAUACAGUUUUCGGAAGAAAGCUUAAAAUCUUUAAGAAGUGCCUACAGCGGAUCUAAAACAGCAACUCUCCUGCUACCAGCUCCUAUAGCAAACAAACUGUUAGCAGUGCGUAAAGUCCGUGUAGGAUGGGUGAUUGGCCGAAUACGCGAGAAAACUCAGCCGGUAAAAUGUUCCAAGUGCCUCGAGUUUGGUCACCUUGCUUGGAACUACAAAAGCACUUUCGACGUUAAAAACGCAUGCUUUAAUUGCGGGGAGCCAAACCUCGAAGCUGUUGAAUGCAAAAAAGAGGCGAAAUGCACCAUUUGCUCUAGAAGAAACCCAUCGCAGGUCAAGCACAGGACUGGCGGCAAGGAAUACCCCUACUAUAAAGAUGCGUUGAAAAAAGCACGUGCACCAUGA